AUGUCCAAUUCAGCAGGUUUUGACAGGCAUAUUACUAUUUUUUCUCCUGAAGGUAGAUUAUACCAAGUAGAAUAUGCAUUUAAAGCUAUCAAUUCAGCAAAUAUCACCAGUUUAGGAAUCACAGGUCAAGAUUCAGCCGUUAUUAUAUCACAAAAGAAGAUCCCAGAUAAGUUAUUGGAUCCUAAAACUGUGUCCUAUAUUUUCAAAAUUACUCCUAGUAUAGGAAUGGUUGCUACUGGGUCAAUUGCUGAUGCUAGAGCUCAAGCCAUGAGAGCAAGAUCAGAAGCUACAGAAUUUAGAUAUAAAUAUGGAUACGAAAUGCCAGUGGAAAGUUUAUCAAGAAGAAUGGCUAAUAUAUCUCAAUUAUAUACUCAAAGAGCUUAUAUGAGACCAUUGGGUGUUGCUUUAACUUUUAUUCAAGUUGAUUUUGCCGAUGAAGGUAGAGGUCCACAAAUUUUUAAAUGUGAUCCUGCUGGAUAUUUUACUGGUGUAAAAGCUGUAGCUACUGGUCCAAAACAACAAGAAGCAACAACAUAUUUGGAAAAGAAAUUUAAAAAAAUCGAUGCUGUUAAAGGAGAUUGGCAAAAAACUGUUGAAUUUGCAAUAAUUGCCUUGAGUUCAGUAAUUGGAACUGAAUUUAGAAAAAAUGAUAUUGAAAUUGGUGUUGCCACUGAAGGAGAAUUUAGAAUUUUGACACCUGAAGAAAUAGAUGAAAGAUUAAUCUCUAUAGCUGAACAAGAUUAG